CAAACCAGCUCAAUCUUGCGUUACCUAAUGCUCUGUUCUCUCCCGACCGCUAAGUCCGGUUCGAACUGGCUGGACCGGCUUCGUUCUAGCAAGGGGUUCCCCGCCGCCGACAACCUUGACCUCGACCAUUUCCUCGCAAAUCCCAACCCUCCCGGUUCUCCGCUCGUCAAUGCCUCCGAUUCUCCGGAUUCAAAUGCCGAGUCAACUCACUCCAACGAUAAACAACUCCAUAAUCCCAAACCACCACCUCCUCCGGAGGUGACAUCCGCCGAGCCCUCCGGAGAUAGACAAUGGUUUGGUAUAAUGACCAAUGUCCUGUCGGAGCUCUUUAACAUGGGCGAACAAGCCCCAACCACCAGAUUUUCCAAGAAAAAAUCUUCCAGGAAACAAACAAACCCUAGAAUUUGCAUUUCCAACACUCCCGACGUUGAUUCUACCGAGGAACAGAAAAACAGUUCCGAUAACGUAAGAAAAGACAAGGACAUCAUCGUUUCAACGAGGUCGUUGAGUACAAGGGAAGAAGCGAAGAGGGAAUCGGAACAAGGGAGCGAACAUAAUAACUUGGAAGAAGAAGAAGAAGCUGAAGACAAAGGAGAAGGGGAGCUGGUAGGGUACUCGAGAAGUGAAGUGACGGUAAUAGACACGAGCUGCGAGUUGUGGAAAGUUGACAAGCUUAUCUUCAGGAGGAAAAAUAUCUGGAAAGUUAAAGACAAGAAAGGAAAAUCACGCACCAUUGGUAGAAAGAAGAGGAAACCAUCUCCUCCAUCUGACGACAAUGGUGUUUGUAACAAGAAACGGAAGAUUUUGAGUUUGGAGCUGGGGGCAUUGAAAGAAACCAGUGGAACACAAUGUGGGUCGCCUACAAAUCAUGGACGGAUUCCUCCAGAUGAUAAAAGGGAAGAAGUUCGCAACGAGGCAGCUGAUGAUCUUACCCAAGUUCUUAGAAAGAGGUUUCCUUUCUCCAGAUUACCUCGGAAAUCAGCAAAGGGAGGUUCUUCUGUUAUCCUUAUGAAGGCUAUUCCUACAGACAAGAAAAAUGGAGCAAAGCUUGAUAAGAAUGGCCUGAAGGACUCUCAGAGGAAAUAUAAGACGUUGUAAAUCCAUCAAGCCUGUCUGGCAAAAUAGCUAAGCCUAUUUAUUAAUUUACUUGAUAAAAAGUAAUAUGAAAAUUUAUAUUUAGAUUUGAGAAUAUGGACAUGCUAGAUGUUUCAAUCAGAAGCUCAUUUCCCCCCCUGUAAACAGAAUCACCUAUGGAAUUACCUGAUGCACAACAUGAGAGAUCGGAACCA